CCCACACUGUGCCCCAACCCCAACUCCGCUAGCUCACCUCCCACAUCACAUGCCCACCCAAAGCUUCCAAACCAAGCUACCACCACGCCGCCGCCGCCGCCACCACCACCACCACGCGAGGGUUCAAACCGCAAAACUCCUCCCUCCCCGAGGUCCCCGCCGCAAAAGCCCACCCUAACCCCCACCCUCGCCGCCGGCCACCGCCGCCGCGGACCUAGCUAGCUCCCACCACCCACUGCCCCCACCCCAAUGCGACGGCGGCCCCCGCCGCCGCCGCCUCCUCUCCUCCCCAUGGCCACCCUCAACACCCAAACCCUAAUCACUCUCUUCCUCCUCCUGCUGCUCGCUGCUGCUGCCGCCGCGGCCGACGCCGGUGGUGGUGGUGAGAGGGAGGCGCUGCUGAGGUUCAAGGCGGGGGUGGCCUCCGACCCGGGGGGGUUGCUCCGGGGGUGGACGACGGCGGCGUCGCCCGACCACUGCGCCUGGCCCGGGGUGUCGUGCGGCGGCAACGGCGAGGUCGUGGCGCUCAACGUCUCGUCCUCCCCGGGCCGCCGCCUCGCGGGGGCGCUGUCCCCGGCGGUGGCGGCGCUGCGGGGGCUCCGCGUGCUGGCGCUCCCUUCCCACGCGCUCUCCGGCCAGCUCCCCGCCGCGAUCUGGUCGCUCCGCCGCCUCCUCGUGCUCGACCUCUCCGGAAACCGCCUCCAGGGGGAGAUCCCGCCCGCGCUGGCCUGCGCGGGGCUCCAGACGCUGGACCUCUCCUACAAUCAGCUCAACGGCUCCGUGCCCGCCUCGCUCGGCGCGCUCCCGGGGCUGCGCCGCCUGUCUCUGGCCUCCAACCGCCUCGGCGGCGCCAUCCCCGACGAGCUCGGCGGCGCUGGGUGCCGCAGCCUGCAGUACCUUGACCUCUCCGGCAACCUGCUCGUCGGUGGCAUCCCGCGGAGCUUGGGGAACUGCAGUAAGCUGGAGGCGCUUUUGCUGUCCUCCAACCUGUUGGAUGACGUCAUCCCGCCGGAGAUUGGCCGGCUAAGGAAUUUGCGGGCGUUGGAUGUGUCGAGGAACAGUUUGAGCGGGUCUGUGCCAGCUGAGCUUGGUGGUUGCGUUGAGCUGUCAGUACUCGUGCUGUCCAAUCCGUAUACGCCGAUUGGUGGGUCGAAUUCGUCGGAUUACGGGGAUGUCGAUGAUUUUAACUACUUCCAAGGAGGAAUACCAGAUGCUGUUGUCGCGUUGCCAAAGCUGAGGGUGCUGUGGGCGCCGAGGGCUACACUGGAGGGGGAGUUGCCACGUAAUUGGAGCGCUUGCCAGAGCUUGGAGAUGAUCAAUUUGGGGGAGAAUUUGUUCUCCGGCGGUAUUCCUAAUGGGCUGGUGGAAUGCAGCCAUCUAAAGUUCUUGAAUCUGAGCUCAAACAAGUUGACAGGUGCCAUUGAUCCAUCACUCACAGUGCCUUGCAUGGAUGUAUUUGAUGUCAGUGGAAACCGGUUCUCUGGCGCAAUGCCAGUGUUCGAGCAAAAGGGAUGCCCUUCAUCUCAGCUCCCAUUUGACGACUUGGUGUCAGAGUAUUCUUCCUUUUUUUCAUAUCAGGCGCUUGCUGGAUUUCGUUCGUCCUCAUUUGUCUUGGGCACGGAUUUGACUAGUUACCACAGUUUUGCCCAGAACAAUUUUACUGGACCAGUGAAAUCGUUGCCGCUUGCUGCGGAUAAACUGGGGAUGCAAGGGUCCUAUGCUUUUCUGGCUGAUGGGAACAAUAUUGCUGGACAGUUGCAACCUGACCUAUUCAGCAAGUGCAACAGCUCAAGGGGUUUCAUUGUGGACGUCAGCAACAACUUGAUAACUGGCGGGAUUCCAGUCGAGAUUGGCUCAUUGUGCAGCUCUCUAGUCGUUCUUGGUGUUGCUGGUAAUCAGCUCUCUGGUUUGAUACCAACAAGUAUCGGGCAAUUGAAUUAUCUUAUCAGCUUGGAUUUGAGUAGGAACCAUCUUGGUGGUGAAAUUCCUACUUCCGUGAAGAACCUGCCAAACUUAGAGCGCCUCUCUUUGGGCCAUAACUUUCUCAAUGGUACCAUUCCAACCGAGAUUAAUCAGCUGUACUCUCUGAAGGUUCUGGACCUGUCCUCAAACCUCCUCACAGGAGAGAUCCCUGGUGCCCUUGCUGAUUUGAGAAAUCUCACUGCCCUACUCCUUGACAACAAUAAACUUACUGGGAAGAUACCUUCUGCAUUCGCUAAAUCAAUGUCACUUACCAUGUUCAACUUGUCAUUUAACAAUUUGUCUGGUCCAGUGCCAGCAAAUAGCAACACAGUUCGGUGUGAUAGCGUUAUUGGGAAUCCUUUAUUACAAUCAUGUCAUAUGUAUACCCUGGCUGUCCCAUCAGCUGCACAGCAGGGCCGUGGUUUGAACUCCAAUGACUAUAAUGAUACAUCAUCUGCGGAUUCACAGAAUCAAGGAGGAAGCAAUUCAUUCAAUGCAAUUGAAAUAGCUUCGAUAACUUCUGCAACGGCCAUUGUUUCUGUCCUUCUUGCUCUGAUUGUGCUCUUUAUUUACACAAGGAAGUGUGCUCCCCGAAUGUCAAGUCGCUCAUCUCGAAGAAGAGAAGUUAUAACUUUCCAAGACAUCGGAGUGCCAAUCACUUAUGAGACUGUUGUUCGAGCAACUGGGAGUUUCAAUGCGAGCAAUUGCAUUGGAAGUGGGGGCUUUGGAGCCACUUAUAAAGCUGAAAUUUCACCUGGAGUGUUGGUAGCUAUAAAGAGGCUCUCUGUUGGGAGAUUCCAAGGUGUUCAACAGUUUCAUGCUGAGAUUAAAACUCUGGGGAGAUUAAGGCAUCCAAAUCUGGUUACCUUAGUAGGAUACCAUCUUGGUGAGUCUGAAAUGUUUCUCAUAUAUAACUACUUGCCUGGAGGAAAUCUUGAGAGGUUUAUUCAGGAGAGAUCAAAGAGACCUGUUGACUGGAAGAUGCUCCACAAGAUUGCUUUGGACAUUGCAAAAGCACUUGCUUAUCUGCAUGAUACUUGUGUUCCUCGUAUCCUUCACCGUGAUGUGAAACCAAGCAACAUUUUGUUGGACACCGAGUAUAAUGCUUAUCUCUCAGACUUCGGACUGGCAAGGCUCUUGGGAAAUUCAGAAACCCAUGCAACCACUGGUGUAGCUGGGACUUUUGGAUAUGUUGCUCCAGAAUAUGCUAUGACAUGCCGUGUUUCAGAUAAAGCCGAUGUGUAUAGCUAUGGUGUUGUACUGAUGGAGUUAAUAUCAGACAAGAAAGCCUUGGAUCCGUCAUUUUCUCCUUAUGGUAAUGGGUUUAACAUAGUUGCUUGGGCUUGCAUGCUUCUUCGUCAAGGCCGCGCUCGUGAAUUCUUUAUUGAUGGCCUGUGGGAUGUGGGUCCGCAUGAUGACUUAGUAGAGACAUUGCAUUUAGCAGUGAUGUGCACUGUUGAUUCACUCUCUGUACGACCAACUAUGAAGCAGGUCGUUCAACGGCUAAAGCAACUUCAGCCACCAAUCCGAGAACACCGAUGAUUACACAUUCAACUUGUAGAAGGUAAAGAUAGCCGUAACUUGUGGCCCUUGGUGAUUUUUUUUCCUAAUCAUCUGUUUGACUAGAUUUAUCUUGUAGAUGCCAGCUCUGUAUAAUACAGUUUUCACUGAAUUGCUCACUAAUGUAUCUGCAGAUAAGAAGAGCAGAUGUAAAUUAACAACCUUAAUUUCAAAUAUUUCAUUUAGGUUUGCCUGACUUGUGCUUCUUUGUUACUUCCCUUUAAAAGAACGAACAUCUAGUUCAUUUAAGUUU